AUGUACGAGGAGAAUGAGGACUGCAGAAAACGAAAUAUCGAAAAACGGCGGGAGACAUCUCGUUUCGCGGCUCGGGACCGCCGCGGCAAGGAGGCCGACAUUUUCCAGGACCUGAAAGAUGAGGUGCCAAUCGUCCACGACGCUACCGUAACCCACGUGGAUCGGAUAGCCCUCCUCCGGGUGGCCGCCACUUUUUGUCGAUUACGAAAAUGCGGAACGGAAGUACUCCGUACGGCACUCGGGAAGGAGCCGUCGGAUGGCCCGUGGAAUGAAGAGACACUCCUCGAAUGUCUGGAUGGAUUCUUGCUACUCGUCGAUUCGGAUGGCACCAUACUGUACACCUCCGAAUCUGUCAUACUGUAUCUCGGAUUGACGCAGACGGACCUCACCGGCCGCAACAUGCGCGACUUUAUGCAAUCGGUGGAUUUCGACGAGUUCGCGCGGGUAUCGGCCGAAAUGGCCGGAUUGGAGGAUCGAGCUGUGGGAGAACAGAUUGUCCUCAGAAUGAAGACUGUCAUAUCGCCCCGAGGAAGAAAUUUGAAUCUCAAAGGAGCGCUUUAUAAGCCGGUCUCUUUCCUCGUUCGUGUGAUGCACUCGGAUGGGAAUGCCAUUUCGAUCCUUCAAGGCUCCACGACCCCUGCUGGCCAGGGAUCUCCCUCUGCUACCGCCAACGCAUUAACGAAAAACGGCGAGCCCCAAAACGGCACCUUCAUGACGCGACACACCUCUGAUAUGCGCAUCAGCUACGUCUCCGACACGUUCAACUUUAUCUUAAAGAAUGAUUCUCGAUCAUUGAUGGGUGCCUCCUUCUACGAGCUCGUCCACCCAUCAGAUGCCCAUAUUGUCCACAAGUCAAUGCGCGAGCUGUUCGCGAAGGGCCACGUUCGGACGCCAUUCUACCGUCUCGUCGCCGCCAACAAUAAUUUGGCCUGGGUGAUGACCGAUGCGACAACGAUCAACCACACGACCCGUGGCCAAAAGGGACAAUAUGUCAUCUGUCUGCAUCACGUACUCGGGGUUCAAGGGCAAGACGAAAGUCUCGUCAUUUCGACGGAUAGCCAGCCGGCCGGUAUUCCAGUAUUGAAGGCAAUCAAGACAGAACUCGAUGAGGACUGUGUCGUUAAAGAACUGACCCACCGCCAGCCGGCCGUCAUCGAAUGCAUCGAUUUCACCCCAUUGCUCCCGAUUCCGGAACAAUCCGUCAAAUCCCCCGGGGUCAGCAAGCCGUUGCCAUCGCCAGACUCGGAGAAGACACCUUACGACGAUGUGCUGCAAUGGCUAUUUCGAGAUCGCCCGAGCAGCCCGGCUCCGCCAUAUCGAGAGGGACACGAGAAUGGGCCGCCGAUUUCCGUUGGCAACUGUCAAAUGGCACCUGCAGCCAUCCUCCCCAACCGAAGAAAACACCCGCGAAGCGGCGACGAUUUCGCCGAGCCCCAGUCCCGCCCAAGGACCGAAUCUUUUGGAAGGGCCGAUAGAAGAGGAGACAUCAUCAGUAAUUGUGGCGUCGUCCCCUUCUCACCAUUGGCAGAUGGAUUCUCUUCACAAUGCGCCCUUCGAUCCCCAACCUCUGCCCCCUCCCCUAUCAACCCACAAACUACGCCAUUGCCGCCCCGUGAGCAACGCCGGUCCCUGCUCCCCAUUAUGCCUAUUGCCGGUGAUGAACGCAUUAAUGGGAGGGCAGAGAACACAGCUGCCACUCCAUUAAACACCUAUAUACCCUCACAACUACUCAUCAACAAGGCGCUCGAGGAUCUCGAUUUCCCGUUCGAAGACCUUCACAGCGUUGCCCCAUUUGUCCCCCAAGAAGAACUGCAGCCAAUCUCCGAUUCUGUGGCCACAGAUUUUCAGACAUUAUUUCCCGAUCUACCCGAUUGGACAUCACAAAAUACAGCUAUCGAAUCGGCUGGCAGGCCCGGAUCUGCACAACCACCUUUAAUAGGCUCCGCCCCCAUCGACGACCCUCUGCGUGCGAAGCGUAGCGGCGCGUACUACGAGGCCCCGCCCCUUCCCCCCAAUUUCCACCGAACACCAGCCGACUACCCAUCACAACUACGUGCCGCAAUCGCAAAAUGGUUCCCCGUUUAUGCAGCCGAUGACUCCGCUGUAUACUCCGGACGGAUGGAACCCGACGAGCGACUACUG